UAUGAGAAAGUGCUAGAUUCUUGUCUGCUUAUAAAUACUGAGCAGGCCUGCGCAUCCUACCUCAACAAAAAAGAAGUUGAUUCCAAGCGAUUUCAUCAGCAUUCAGCUACUCUUUGUCAAGAAAUAAAGAUAUGGCGAUGAUCCCAAGUUUGUUUGGCAAUCGUAGGGGCAGCAGCAUCUUGGAUCCUUUCUCUCUGGACCUUUGGGAUCCUUUCAAGGACUUACCAUUCCCUUCUUCACUCACAACUCGUAACUCGGAAAACUCUGCUUUCGUGAACGCCCGGAUGGACUGGAAAGAAACCCCUGAAGCCCAUGUGUUCAAGGCUGACCUCCCUGGCCUCAAGAAAGAGGAAGUGAAAGUGGAGAUUGAAGACGACAGGGUGCUUCAAAUCAGUGGUGAGAGGAAUGUGGAGAAGGAAGACAAGAACGACACCUGGCACAGGCUUGAACGUAGCAGUGGGAAGUUCAUGAGGAGGUUCAGGCUGCCUGAGAACGUGAAGAUGGAUCAGGUGAAAGCUUCCAUGGAUAAUGGGGUUCUUACUGUCACUGUUCCUAAGCAGGAAGUGAAGAAACCUGAUGUCAAAGCCAUCGAGAUUUCGGGUUGAAAGCUUUGAAAAUUGUUCUAUAAUGAUUUCUCGACUUGUGCUAAAAAAGAACCUGAUUUCUAUUGGAGUGUGAUGCUGUUGGGAAGAUGUUUGUUUGUUGGAAAAAUUUUAAUGUCUAGCCUGCUAAUAAAGUAAAAGGCUUUUAAACUCGUAUAACUUUCUUCUUCUUCCUCCGUAGCUUUCUAUCUAAUCUCAUUUCCUUCCGCAUUCACAAUUAGUCUAGAAUUGUAUUGGUACCAACGACCAAUCCACAUGAUUGCGUGAACAAUAACAUUUCGCAAGUAGCUAUUUAUGGA